AUGGCUAAGCCUAUCUUGCUCUAUACUUCUCUGUGCCUGCUUCUUGUGCUCUUCAAUGGAUGCCUAGCUACUCAAACAAGCAGGCAGCAACAACGGUUCAACCAGUGCCAAAUGGACAGGCUAGAUGCCCUCGAACCAAACCACCGCAUUGAGGCGGAAGCCGGUGUGAUAGAGUCUUGGGACCCCAACGACCAGCAAUUCCAGUGCGUCGGAGUGGCCGUCGUUCGCCGUACCAUUGAGCCUAAUGGCCUUCUCUUGCCUCAGUACGCCAGUGCUCCUCAACUCAUUUACAUUGAGAGAGGUUAUGGUAUCUUUGGUGCCGUACUUCCCGGCUGCCCCAACACAUACCAAGAAUCUCAACAACAGCAACAACAACGAGAAGGACAGCAGCGAGACCAGCACCAGAAGAUCCGAAACUUCCGACAGGGUGACAUCAUAGCAUUGCCCGCCGGAGUAGCCCAUUGGUUGUACAAUGAUGGCGAUUCGGAGGUUGUCGCACUCUCUCUCCUUGACACUAACAACCAAGCCAACCAGCUUGACCAGAACCCCAGACACUUCUACCUUGCCGGAAACCCAGAAGAUGAAUUUCAGCUGCAAGGUCGAAGCCCACGAGGACAACGACGCCAGCAACAGCAAGGCCAAGGCCGUCGCGAGCGUGGUCAUCAGCAGCAACAGGGACAGGGCAAGAAUCUCUUCAGUGGCUUCCGUACUGAAGAUUUGGCUGAUGCUUUCAACGUGAAUGAGAAUACCAUUCGAAACCUUCAAGGCUUCCAAGAAGACAGGAAAAACAUAGUGAAAGUGAAGGGUAGGCUUCAAGUGGCCAGGCCGCCAAGGUCGCGUGAAGAGCGCGAGCGAUUGGAAAGACAAGAGAGAGAGCAAGAGAGAGAAGAUGAGAGGGAACCACGUGAGAGCCACCGAGGUGGACGUGACAAUGGCAUUGAGGAGACUCUGUGCACCUUGAGGCUCAGGGAGAACAUCCACGACCCUUCACGAGCUGAUAUUUACAACCCCCAAGCUGGUCGAAUCAGUACCCUCAACAGCCACAACCUCCCAGUCCUUCGCUGGCUUCAACUCAGUGCUGAGUUUGGAAGGCUCCAAAGGGAUGCUAUUUAUGUUCCACACUGGAAUAGGAAUGCACACAGCGUGAUCUAUGUAGUAAAGGGUCGUGCCCAAGUUCAAGUGGUUGACGACUUUGGUCAAACUGUGUUCCAAGAUGAGCUGCAGCAACAUCAAAUCUUAAGCGUACCACAAAACUUUGCUGUGGUGAAACGAGCUAGUAGUAGUGAGGGUUUCGAGUGGGUGGCCUUCAAGACAAAUGACAAUGCCCAGAUUUCUCCUCUUGCGGGACAGACCUCUGUCCUCAGGGCCAUUCCAGCGGACGUACUAGCCAACGCCUUCCAACUUAGCCGAGAAGAUGUUUCAGAAAGGAUGCUAUUUAUGUUCCACACUGGAAUAGGAAUGCACACAGCGUGAUCUAUGUGGUAAAGGGUCGUGCCCAGGUUCAAGUGGUUGACGACUUUGGUCAAACU